GCGCAGUAGUUUUUUUUUGAAAUAGUAAUAGAUAAGAACGCUAUAAUAGGCAUAUAACGUUUAGUAGUAGUGUUUUCUUGUCUCUUCAUGCUCGAUGGGAUGAAAGAAUAUUUACACGAUGAAUGUACCUGAAGAGUGAAGAUGAUGAUCCUUAUUACCGUUUUAAUUCAUCUUACAUACCAUCUUCGCAGAACACAUUGAUAAAGGAUAAAAGGCUUACUUCGUUCGCAACGGAUCAUGUGCAACCUGUUGCUGUUCCGAUGAAAAGGAUAAACAUUCACACUUUGCUUGCUCUGAAUUCGUAGGUUUUUGUCUUGCUGCCUUGAUUCGCUGCACUGAAUCAUCGACUGAAGAUUGAUUGCUCCGAAGAUGGGUCGUGACCUUGUAUUGAUUUCGAAACCUGAUAUGAUGAGCCAAUAUUGAGUAAGUAGCUUCUUGUGCUUAAUCUCUUUGAGCUGAUUUUUACUAUCUCCUUUCUUGAGGUUCCGCUCUCUGAGUUGUUCGUCUUAAGUCGGAGCUUUCGUCCUGUCUACUCUUACUGCACUGGUGGCGCUUUCUCAUCUUCUAUCUCGAGUUGCUUGGAUUGGCUUAUAGUUAGGUCUAGUCUAGGUUAUUGAGUAUGUGACUUGGCUCAUUUCAUCAGUGCUCUCGGUCAAAGUAG